AUGAUCUUUAUAAAUCAAUUUAUUGUAAGAGUAAUGGAGUAGCAUAUUGUAUAAUUCAUCCUACCCCUACUUGGCUAUUCUAUAUUUCUUAAUUAUUUCUUUAAUGUUAUAAUUUACAUGUUAUUUUGGAGGAUAUACUAAAAGAAAAGUAAGAAAUAUAUAGCUAAGUAUAGCCUUCUUAUCAUUACAUAGCUUUAAUUCUAUAUAUUAUUUUUUUUGGAUUUACACUGCAUAUUUAUGGCUCUUAUUUUAGGAAUCUUCUACAGGUAUUCAAAAUUUUAAAUAAUAGAUUGUGCAAUUAUAAUUAUUAGCACUGCCAUGUUAAUGGUCAUUAUAAAAUUAUUGA